CGUUGCCAUGGCGCCAGGGCCGCAACCCCUCCGCGGUGGAAAAAAGAAAGCCCUCACUUAAGAGAGCGACCGCCGCGGUGGAGGGGCCCAGGGAUGCGCCCAGGACUUGGGCACCCUGGCCCACCCCUCAGGUAUUACAUGUAGACACAUGUGGCCCUCUUGCCCGGAUGUUUGACCUACAACAGGAGCCAGGAACCUGCAGGUUGGAUGUGGAUGGACCCAGCCUGGGAUGGAUCCCAAGGACCUCGGCCAGGCACAGCUAGUAUCCGGGUACGGGAGCUGAGCUGGCAGGGCCUAAACAACCCCUGCCCACAAAACAAGAGGCUGGGCAGCCAUGGGGAUAUCCACAGGGAGCGGCGGGUGGAGGAGCACCUUUCCCCUGCUCGGCUGCCAAACUGUUAUUGCAAGCCCAACCUGGAUGAGGCAGGGGAACAUUUGCCACCUGCUCCAGUAGGCACCUUUACAGAGUCAUCAGCCAAAAGCAUGGAGAAAACUGGAAGUGACACCUGAUGAUUUCUGCAGCAGGCCCUGGCCCAGGUAGAUGACCUCCAACUGGUGAGGGUGCUGGAGAUGUGUGUGGACACCCGUAAGAACAGCCUGGGGAACUUCGGAGUGCACCUCCCUAACCUGAUCCAACUGAAGCUGAACCACAGCUGCCUGGGCUCCCUCAGAGACCUGGGCACUUCUUUGGGCCACCUGCAGGUGCUGUGGCUGGCUCGCUGUGGCCUGACUGACUUGGAUGGCAUUGGCUCCUUCUUGGCACUGAAGGAACUUUAUGUCUCCUACAACAACAUCUCAGACCUGAGCCCACUGUGCCUGCUCGAGCAACUGGAGGUGCUGGACCUUGAGGGCAACAAUGUGGAAGACCUGGGGCAGAUGCGGUACCUGCAGCUGUGCCCACGGUUGGCCACGCUAACACUGGAGGGGAAUCUGGUGUGCUUGAAGCCAGACCCUGGCCCUUCCAACAAGGCACUCCAGGACUACAAUUAUAGGGCAGAGGUAAAGAAGCUUAUCCCCCAGCUCCACAUCCUAGAUGAGAUACCCACCACAUGCACCAACCUGCCUGCUUCCCAGAAGCUGAAUCAGGACUGGCUGAUGGUGAAGGAGGCCAUCAAGGAAGGCAGCGUGCUUGACAUUCUCCUCCCUCGGCUGGAUUGUUCCCAUGGAACCACUAUACGGAAACUUGACCCAAUCUUGCCUGUGCCUGAGACCCAACCAUGGGCUCUGUCUUUGCUGGUCCCUGAGGGCCCCUUGCCUGAAGGUCUGCUUUCUAAGAAUCCAGCCACAGAAGACCAUUCCAGCAGCCUCACCCAUGGUGCUUGUCAAGUUCUCUGUGGGAACCCCACCAAAGGCCUGAGGGAGCGUAGACACCAGUACCAGGAAUUGGCACCCCUGGAGCAGCUGCCCCCACAUAGGCCAGAUCUGGCCACCCACCCCUCUACCCCAAGGCCUGACCCUACAGAAAGCCGUGACCGGGCCAUGACUGGGCUUCGGGCCUGGAGGGAGCCUGGCCUGCGUCCUCUCCUCCACAGGCAGGUGGAGUUCCCACAGGAAAGGCUUGUUCCAGUUCCAGCUCAGGACCCACAGAAGGCUCCUGAAGAACAGGAAGUCCAGACUGGACCCAAGACUUCCCUAACCCCUCCACACCUGGCCUCAGAACUUUCCAGGACACCAGGCUUUCACCUGAUCCCUUCUCCCCCAAAGUACCCAAUGCCACCUGAGUCAGGCAGCAGCUCCUCGGUGAGAUCUGCAGACCUGCCCUUCAGAGGGCGUAGGCUUAGAGUCCUGGGUAGCUUGGGGCCUAGCCUGGGUGAGGGGUCUGGCCUGGGUGAGAGGUUGGCCGCAGUGACUGCCCUGAGAGCACUGGACCACCGAGUCCAGGGAUGCCCAGACCCAAAGCCAGCACUAGGUCCAGCAGCUUGCCCUCCAGGCCUCCACUGCCUCCAUCACCUGAACCCUAUCCCUCCAGCCCACUCUCUCCCUUAAUGUAACCCUCCCUUGUUGAGAUCUCUUGGCCUGGAUGGGGCCAAGGCUGAAUGGCUGGAGCUGGAACUGACCUCUUUAGAUGCCCCAGGACCCUGGGUCACCUAUGUGGCCCAAGUUCUAAGCCUGCUUGUCCUAGUCUGCAAAAGGGCGUAGUCAUUCUGGGUAGAUUUGCAGGUUUCCCUAUGUGCGACAGGUCCUUUCUCCUGAGACACCAAAUACUCUCUGUAAAAGCCAAGUGAAUCAUUUUCGACUCUCAGGUGUGCAGAAAUGUGCUUUACUUUGUAAGCAACGGUUGGUUCAAUAAAUUAUGCAACUGGCA